UGUCUAUUUGUGUGUUGAGACGUCUGCAUUCUACCAGAGGCAAAGACGGCUUACUCUACGAGCGCAGGGGAACUGGAUCAUCUAGUCGACUCGUGUUUGUGCGAUACUUUGCGACCACAAGUUCAGCCAUCUUCACCACGAAAUUGUCGCUUUACCUAAACGAGGUGUCAAAGUUCAACUGGAUUGUAUCGUUAGUAGAAGAAUAGGUGAGGAAGAUACCUGUGUUCGCAUAGACAGAAGCGGCUGUGAAGCCAACAACUUUAAAAACUGAGGCUGACGUACUUCGUCUGGUAGUAUUCAGUGCUGAACCUGUCGUUCCGCAUUGUUAACCGGUCUCCGCGUCAUCUGAUCUGAGUUUCGUUCGAUGGGCGCAUUCUGGAGUCCCAACGUUAGGUCACUUUCCUCAAGUAGCGUAACGCCAUUAUCUCCGUAGUACGGUGCGGUCCAGCCCCGUCUCCGCAUAUUACCAGCAAAUAAUUUCCGUUAUUGCGGAUCAACACACAUAGGCGACCGGCUUUUCUUCUCGUUAUUCGAGCCUGCGCCAAGCCAUCGCAGCCCAGCGUGUCCGGCAUAGAGUAAAGAUUAUCCGUGCGGAGAAACGACAACAGCAGCAGUAGUAACAGCCGCCACCGCCGCUGCUGCUGCAGUAUCAACCACUCCUCUCCAACGUUGAUUCGUUGACUCCUCAGAACGAGAGAGAAGGAAGCCCGAGUCAUGAAGUUCGCCCGCGCCGGCAGCGAACGCUGUUCCGUCAGUGGCGUCAGCAACCGCUGUUGUGGCGUUAUUUGUGCGAGGAAAGUGCGCGACGCGACGUCGGCCGAGCCGCCGACGGGAUCUGUGCGAGGCCCGGCCACACGCCGGGCCUCAGCCUACUGCUGCAGGCCCUUGACUCUGUUUGCCCUGCUGGGCCUUGUGGGAUUUGCGCAGGCUCACCAGUACAGCCUGGGGGCAUGUCCGCCGGAAGUGCCGUUCAAGAAGUCGUUUGACGUCGACCGGUUCCUUGGAGUAUGGUUUGUGAUUCAGAAGUCGCACUCGACGAUGUCUUGUCUGAAAGUAAACAUCACUCGGAGAGGGGAUGAGGAUUUUAAAAUCACCGAAUAUCGUAGAUUUGGUCUCCUUCAAAAAGCUGUGGACCAUACGCUUAUUGAUGUCGGAGUGCUGAAAAUCCCUGAUCCAACUGAGCCAGCCAAGAUGAAUGUGAAAUUCUCUCUUAGCGCGUGGGUGGAGCCAUUCACUGUGAUGGACACCGAUUACGAUACGUACGCGGCGACGUUUUCUUGCGUGAACGCCGCUGGAAUGGGCCACCGCAAAAAUGGAAUGAUCCUCUCGAGGCGACCUGAUUUAGAUAACACCGUCGCUGAUAAACUUCGCAAGCUGUUCGAUUCAUUCGGCGUUGGACCAUCCAGUCUCAGUUUCAUCGACCAGAAACACAGCUGUACGAGUAUGCUGAAAAGCAAGAACGACCACGAUCGCGUGAUCUCGCUUGGCCCCCUGAACAUCAACAGAAAGCCUGAGCCGUAAACUGAAACCAAGGUGUCUGCUUGUAAGAUCGACGCAAGCACUAUUCAGCCCGCCCCGCUAAUCCUCGGUACUUUUAGCGAAUCAUUACAUCAGAGCUUGUCACUCGCAUCAACGUUUCCGUCAGUACUCCCAAGUGGCAAAGCUCUAAUGCUAGCAGACCGGCGGCCGGUCCGUCAAACAAUUUAACCAUUCGACGUUAACUGUCAUAACAAUAAUAACAACAACAACAACAUCAAUAGACGGAAGCCCAAUCAUGUCAACACUUAAAGAAGCCCAGUACCUUAUUGGGACCACUAGUCAGCGCAGUUAGGCCGUGCGUGGAUUUUUCUGCGACCUUACGUACAUAUAAACACACACACAGUUCCCUUCUUUUAUAUUUAAAAAUACAUCGUAUAAAGUAUCUAUCGUAGGUGUACUAAAUAUAGAUUAAAAAAGAACAAAAACUAAGUAAGAAGCCGUUUUGUCCGUAUUUUGACCGUUACACAUUUCUAUUCAGUAGUAAUAAUAAUAUUAAGUUUUCACGUAAUGCUCAAAUCAUUACCAAACACAUAGCACACCACUUACGCUCUGCGUGAGGUGACCACGCAACAACAACGAGCGAGGUAGAUGAUGACACCGACCAGAACAUACGCACUACAUUAGGAAAAUCACACUCAAUUAUCGUUGCAAUAUGUCGUACGUCCGUAAGGCCGGUAUAAGAAAAAGAGGAUGCAUAUAUAUAUAUAUAUAUAAGAGAAACAAGCUCGUAGCAUGAAAAAGCCAUCGAUUCAUGAAACGCGUUCUGUUGACGCCUUGCUGGCCGACAAGCAGAGUUUUGAUCAAAGUAGAAGACCUACCCGACAAACAUCUCGAUCACGCUUCGCCAUCGGUAUACCAGCGGGGGGUGAGUCUGUUCUGAUAGGAUUGCUAUUGUUGCUAUCAAUGUAAAAAAGAAUAACCGCAACUAAAAGAAGACGGGGCGCGACCGGGAAGGCGUACAGUGAUUACAGGAUUCGUUUAGCCACGAUAAAAUCAAAUACUGCACCAAUAUGAGCACCUGAGCACGUCACUUUGGAAACUAGCUAUGCUCACAAGAUAAUACAUGUUCACGCUGCCUUAAAGGAAUUGAGCGAAUCCGUUGCUUGUUCUUGCCCUCCACAGAUCAACUUGACAAUAAAAUUAAGAAUUCAUAAACAACGAAAAUCUAAGGCGUAUGGUCCCGGCAUGGACCGACGCCCAAAUGAUAUAUAUACAUAUAUAUAUAUAUAUAUAUAUAUAUAUAUAUAUAUAUAUAUAUAUAUGGGGUAGCUAUUUUAAAAAUCGAAAAAAUAAGGGUUGAAAGUAUAUGUUGGACUUGAAAAAUAAAGGUUAAGGAUGGCAGCUAAGCAAAUGAGUAUUAAAGAACAUGUAAUAAGCUCUAGGCAAGCAUACCCCUUAUAACUAUGAUACUACUGCACCUUUAAAAUGAACUAAGAAUAUAAAUAAAAAAACAAGAAAAUCCCGUUCAGAGGCGGCGUCACCGGAUCAGAUUUCCCCUCGAAUGAGCUCAGCUGAGUUCAAUUUCGAGGGCCGGGACGAAACUGCCCAGCACUGAAAGCACACGUAUGAAGCUGGCGUCACCGCUAAAAUACAGCGAAAACGACUGUAAUAGUCCAUUGCAACAGAAGCAACGUCCACCGUCAUCACAACGCCCACUAAAGCAAUGAUACGAUUGACCAAGAACCCAUCGCAAGCGACAAAAUAUCUACACUCCAUCGAUAGCACCGACACGCGAAAAUUAGCCCACAACGGUAACUGUCACUCAAACCAAACGAGAGAAAAAAUAACGUAAAGGUACAAUAUGAUAAUGCAGAUAUAUCUAAGAUAAAAUUACAGCGACCAAAAUACGAAACAGAAGGCAGGGAAUUUUGGGGACAAAUUACGGUUUGAAGCAAAAACUAUAGUCGUAAAUUAAGUCAGUGUGGUUAUCAGGUUUAGAAAGACUAUGGAGAGGCAUAACUGGCCACAGAGACCAAUCAACGAAUGGUCCAUAGUGAUGAAGUAACCGCUUUUAAGCUUUUCUCACAUAGAACACCUGAAAGACCGCUAACCAGCCUCUAUAUCUUGUGCACACUUGGUCAUCGACGACACGAUCUUCGCACAUUCGUUCCCUUAGGCCCAACGGAAACGGGCGUGGGCACUUAGUACCGAUGUGAUGUACUUCUAUUUGAGUCGAUCGAUCGCAGAGCUCACACCGUGACACAGUGAAACUGGUUGUCUACGGAAGUCCAUCUUCACCAAAAAAUCCGCAAGACAAAACUAGACAUAUGCAUAUAUUAUUAUACAUACAUAUACUUAUGUACAAUCACCCACGCACUUGGCCUAUCAAGCACUUUUGGGCGUGUAUAUAUAUAUAUAUACAUAUAUAGAGCAAAAAAUGUACUGGAAUUUUUUAGUACCCUUUGCCUCAAAGCGCUACCCGUAGAAUAUAACAGGUGAAAAUAUACUAUUAUCAGGCUGUGCUGAAACCUUUUUAUACGAAUAUCACUAUUCGCUAUUUUUUUUUUAUUAUCAAUAUACGCUAUUUACUAUUCAUUUUAACUCAGGGCAUCAUCACAAGGUACCGUGAAAACUGCUUCCCGAAUAGCGUUGCUGAUCUAUUAUACUACUGUUAUAUUUACUAUCUUUAGUCAUCAAUUUUUAAUGGUUCGUAAAGGACUCAUUCGAAAAAUGGCUGUCGUCGUGAAUUACGGACAACAUACCCUUAGUUAACUUAUGGCUAGAUAUGCAAAAAUGAAAUGGCACAGGUCUAUUUUUCGAAAGUCGAGUCGACAUCAAGACCUUAAUAAAGCUUAUUUUGAUAAAUUUUACGACAGUUUAGGACAACUUACUAUCUUUACGCAUGUAAUCGCUGAGCGUAGUAAGAAAAAUAACGCGUACGCGGCUCGGGCGACUCAUGAUUUUAGUAAAAUAGAGCCAUUGAUUGUCAACCUUGCAAUUACCGUAGACACAACACCGAUAAAGGCAGCAAUGGACAUAUACCAGUUCACGAGUAUUUCAAAGGCCGCUAGGUAGCGUAUCCGUUGGAACAGGCCAAUGACUAAGUGCCUCUAAGCCAAACGUCAUGCACUGCUCUUAUUUCUAUUUCGUAUAAAUAAAGCAAAACAUUUAUGAACACGUUCUCGAAGCCCGUAUGUACACAACUUCCAUUCACAGACGCAGCUAAAUGCACACUGAUACGCCAUGUUGACGCAGAAAUGAUCGUAUUCACUCUAUUUUCAUAUACAGAAAAUAAUUUUUUCAAACAAAUAUCAGGAGAAUAGAUCGCACGCUAGAGGUAGUUGAACGUUACACGCUCGCACAUGAUGAUAUGGCUGAUUGAGAACAUACACUGAAAAUGGAAAAAAUAACGAAAAAGAAUGAUAAUAAUAUCAUUAUUAUCGGAGUAACGGUGUUAAUUUCAGCCAGAUGAAUAUAAAUAUGGUAAGAAAAAGAAACUCGAAUAAAUAAAGUGCACGAUAUCAAGUGAAUGAAGUUGAACUGUGCCAUACAAAAACAA